GGCCACGACGACCGGUCGCGAAUCGAACGAUGUCGUCUUGAAAAAAAAAUAACAAAAAUAUACUCUCGCGAUUCAUUUUUGACAAAAAUAAUAAUAAUAAUUAUUAUUAUUAUUGUUUUUAUUGUUAUUCUAUCCAUAUACGCGUUUCACAUACAUAAUAUAACCUUUGUUGUAAUAUAUACGAAUCACCAUCAUACACGCGUAUUUUAGACGGGUCGCCGAAAUGGAGAGCAUUUACCCGCGACGGGUGCCCGUCAUGGGCAACCUGACGGGCAACGGAUGGACGGUGGCGAGCCAGGAGAGUGUGCUCUCUCUGAUCGUCGUACUCGGUAGCAGCGUGUCCUUGGUCGGACUCAUAUUCGCGUUCAUCACGUACAGUUUGUUUUCAGAUCUGAGAACAAUGUCCGGCACGGCAUUAAUGUACAUGCUAGCAAAUAUGUUUUUAACGCAGCUUUUUUAUGUAGUUGGUGUCGGAGGAGUUCAGGAAGACAAUCUCUGUUUGUGCUUGGCGUUUGGAAUACACUACCUCCGUCUGGCCAUUAUCAGCUGGCUGUGUGUGAUGACGUACGAUAUGUUGAUAACGUUCCGCAACAAUGUGAAUCUCAACCCUCGACCGGAGCCGGUAAAUGUGCUCAUAUCAAGGUUUGUCAAAUAUAGCCUGUUUGCUUGGGGCGUACCCUCGUUGUCAGUGAUAUCAGCUAGCGUGAUGAGAGUGACUAUUAACCACCAGACUGUUGACAAUCUCAACCCAUAUAACUGUUGGUUUUUCGAGAAGACCAUCUACAACGUGACGUUCGCCAUGCCGGCGCUUUGCUGUUUCGCAGCCAUCGUCGACUCGCUGGUCCGGAGCUGGCUGACCGCCCGGGCCACGGUCGGGCUGCAGGUGGACAAAAAAACCCGGCUGAAGAUGCACCGGAAGCGCACACUGCAGCUGCACCUGUACGUCAAGAUCGCCACGCUACUGUUCGCAGUGAACGUGUUCGGGUACGUGGCCAGGAACGGGUCACCGGCGUCCGACCCGGUGGCGUGGAUCGCGUACAACGUGGGCCACUCGCUGCAGGGCAUACUGGUCGCGCUGGCCGUCACGUGCAACUGUCAGGUUCUGAAGAUCUACACGCGGUCGUUCGCUCGGCGGCGCCGUCGGCGGCCGCGCAACGGCAGCGCAACGGCGCUGUUCGACAAACGCGACAACGACAUCAGCGACACGACGUACCUGCAGAACCUCACGUGGGACCCCGUCCCUCUGCCCGUCUAGAAUGUCGAAGGGUGGAUAACGAUGCGGACGAAUACGUCAAGACUCAUCCGGCCACGGCCGCGUCCGUCCCCGUCGCCGAGGUCGUGCGUCACACGUUCCGCCGACAGUCGGUGGGUGUGAUGAUGGGGUGGGACUGGUGGGAGGGAGGGAGAGGCCGACGGUGACACGAGUCACGGCGCAUAUUAUUAUAUUAUAUUAUUAUUAUUAUUAUUAUUAUUAUUAUUAUUAUUAUGUAUCAUGAAUACCCACACACGCACCCGCCACUAACCGGCCGUCCAACAGACCUGCACGAUCCCCAGUCGCUUGAUCAAGCUUAUCGUUGCACACGGCUUCGCGUCCAUCGGAAAUUCGGAAUAGAUUUUUGUUCGCGUGUGUGCGUAAUAUCGUCGUCGUAAUAUUAUUAAAAUGUAUAAUAUUAUAGGUACCUACGUGUCAUGAUUAACGAAAAUGACCGUCGAAUCAAUAUUUUAGUAGAUGCGUCAACAUAUUAUAUAGGUCAUAUAUUAUAAUAAAAUACUGACAUACUGUAUAUAUAUAUAUAUCAUCAUAUUAAACAUGCGUUAACGCAUAUUUUUGAUUUAGAGUCCGAAUGUGGGUCGAUGACAAACCUAUUCAAAUUAAAAAAAAAAUAUUUUACCUAUAUAUUUUAUAAUAAUAUGUCGUAUAAGAUUUUUUUGAAACUAUAAGUCUAUAAGUCUAUCACGGCUAAUUUAAGAUAUUAUUAAAAAAUAAUAGAACAUUUAAAUUUUGAUAAUGAAAACGUAGAACAUUCAACAUGUUGCACACCAUCCAUAUGUACGAGUAUUAAAUGUAUACACUUAUGAUAAUAGUUAUACCUAUACGGAAAAAGUAAAAUGAGUUUAAUUAUGGGCCGUUACAAUACUACUGUAUUGAAGUUUAAUGGUCAUAUUUUAUAUAGAUACACAUUAUAUAAUUAACAAAUAAAUAAUAAAAUAAUUAAUUUCAUCCAAAACGUGAAAAAAUUGCAUAAAAUGUAAAAUAAAUCUUGAUAAACAGAUAUGCGUGAUUCAUAACAAUCACCUAAACCUGUAAAGCUAUCAAAUCAUCGAAUAGAUACAGAAAGCGUAUCGAAUUUCGAUAUAAAACGUUAAAGUCAUCGACAUCCGGACCUUAGAUUUAUGUCACAAUCAUAUUACAUAUUAUACCUAAUAUUACCACAAAAUAAAUUAUUUUGUGAUAUUUACCUACUAAUUACAAUGGUAUUAUCGCAAUCAGUGAUGUCAAUAAUUCGACUAAUAUCGACAUUUUUGGCAGCUGAGGUGUACGACAAUGAUCAGUGAUCAUGAUAUAGAUACCUAAACCCUUUUCAGAUCACAUUUAAAAUAUAAUUAAGUUUAAUAAAUUUACUUCAGCAGAAUCAUAACCCGGUUAUGAAAAAACCGUGUUUUCACAAUGACUUAUGUAAAUAUAUAUAUUAUAAUUAUAAUAAUGUAUAAGUACUUUUAUAUAAUAUUAUCCAAUAUAAAUCACUGUAUUAUCAUCGUUUUUAUUUCCAAAAUAUAACUACUAUAUGUACCUACCUACCUAUGCCUACAUUAUUAUAAAUUAAUGUCGUAGAACAUGAUAUCAAUUGUAAUAAAGUUAUUAUCACAUAAUAUGUACUUUUUUUGUUGUUAUAAUAUUUUCUAAUAGUUUAUGAGUACACAAUUCAAUUACGAUUAUCUGAUUUAAUUUUAAUACUAUGAAAUAACGUCAAAGAUAUUCAUGUACAAAAUACUUGAAAGUUAAAAUGGUUUAUGUUUAUAUUGUAUCUAGUAGUAGAAAUUAUAUGAAACACGUUGAAUUGUAUUUUAUUAUAUUAUAUUUAGUACACAAGAGGUGCACAUUGGAGGAUUCCGAAUCUCACGAUUUUACUCCUAUUAUAGUCUAUUCAGUUGGUUCCAAUUACGAAACUUUAAGUAUGACGCAUGUUAUAUUUAUAUGAAUGCUAUACAAAUGGUUUAAUUAUUUUCGAGUUUUGACUUCUAUAUUUUAGAUUUUGAGUUAACAGAAUUAAGUUAUUUGUUAUAAAAGUAAAGUAAAUACAAACCAUUUAAUAAAUCGUAUAAUAUAUAAUUAAAUAUAUUUCAAUAAUUGUAUGAUGUUUUAGAAAACAUUUAACAUUCUAAAAAUUGAAAAUAAUAUUGUGUACAUACUAAAAACUUGUCUACACUCUCUUGUCUCUCUUCAUACAAGUUAUGAAUAGUCUAAAAUAAAUUCCAAUUAGAUCGUAAAAUUAACUGAACCUACCCUUAAAGAUUUUAUAAACGAGUCUACGUGAAUACCAUUCUGUUAAUAUAUUUAUGAUGACAAAUUUCAAUAGACGCGUAGAAGAUCACGGGUCAAGUGAAUGAACCCAAAAAUAGUACGUUGCACAAAUAAAAUAUUUUUUUAUCAAUUACAUUAUCGUAUUAUUUAUAAUGUGUAUUUAACAUUAUUUUUAGUUAUAGGUUAAACUAUUAUUUGUUGUUAAAUAUAAAUUAAAGUAUAAUAUAUCAUAUAUAAUAGUUUUUUUUAAAACAUUUAUUAUUUACCUACAUAUAUAUAAUAACAUACCUAUUUUAUUGUAUGAUAUUAAAUGGCACUGUAAUAUUUAUUAUAUAAUACGUAGAUAUAUCGUUAUUAUACAACAAUAAUUAAUGUAAAAUUUUGUGAUUAUAUUAUAAUUAUAAAACAUUACUUGGGUUUUUAAAAAUGAUUUACUAUAGUGCUGUAUUUUAACUAUUAAAACAAUAUUAAUAAUGUAUAUAUCUACAAUAAUUCUUAAAUUAUAUUAUUUAGCACUUA